UCAAAAAUAAUUCAGUUGAAUUGUCAAUGUUUAAAAGUGACAUUUUAAACACGAUUGUAUAUAUCCGAAUACGAAAUGCGGCGAAAUAAACUGUUCAUAAUCAGUAGGAAUUAGAAACGAUAUAAGAAGGUCGUUUUCUUUUGAUGCGCUGUACAUUUUAAUAUAUAAAAAACAAGAAUCAUGGCUCUUAACACCAAAUUGUUAUUGCCCGCUCUAUUGGGCUUCUCAUUGGUGACAGUUAGUGCAUUUGUUGUGUACUAUGUGUUCAAACGAGAAGAUGAAGCGGAAGAUAAACCAAUUCGAUCAACUAAGCUUAAUAUGAUUGAAGUUAAAGUACCUAAAAGUAUUGUCCCAGCUCUCAUUGGUAGGGGCGGGACAAAUAUUAAACAAAUCGAGGAGAAGACGGGUGCAACGAUACACUUUAAAAAGUUCAGCGAUAAGCAAUACGAUGUUUGCAUUCUACGCGGAAGAUCUCACUCUACGCAGGUAGCUGAGACAUUGAUACAUGACUUCAUCAAACAACAGCCCUUGAUAGAAAACGACACUAUGGAGGUACCCGGCUGGGCUUGCGGCAGGAUUAUCGGUGGCAGCGGUGAUACGAUAAAUCUGAUAAGCCACACUAGUGGGGCUCGGGUUAAGGUUGAGGGGGAGAGAGGAGACAACGGUCAGCGGCACGUCAGUCUGAAGGGCACCGCGGAACAGAUCGAAGCGGCCAAGAAAAUGAUCGCUGAAUGUGUGGAAUCGGAGAGAUGUCGUCGCGAGAUAGAACAGUCUAGACGUUUACCGCGCGUGCCGACCCCGCCAACCGGGCAGCCAGCCCAGCCGGUGGCGGUGCAGGCAGAGCUGCCGGCAGCUCAGCCCAACAGACCGGACACGCCAGGUGACACCGCCAAGCAUGUGAAAUACAGGCGUGAGGCGUCUUCGUCGAUAGAGGUGUACGUGUCAGCGGUGUCAUCUCCGUCACGUUUCUGGGUUCAGUUCGUCGGGCCUCAGGUCUCCCAGCUGGAUGAACUGGUUUCACACAUGACGGAAUAUUACAAUAAGAAAGACAACAGAGCGAACCACGCGUUAAGUCACGUGAGCGUGGGCCAGGUCGUGGCAGCUGUGUUCAGACACGACGGUCGCUGGUACAGGGCGCGGGUCAACGACAUCAGGCCGAACGAAUUUGAUCACACCCAACAAGUGGCGGAUGUGUUUUUCCUGGACUACGGCGACAGUGAAUACGUGGCUACCCACGAGCUCUGCGAGCUGAGGGCCGAUCUGCUAAGACUGAGGUUCCAGGCGAUGGAGUGUUUCCUGGCCGGCGUGGAGCCCGCGAGGCAGAGGAACGAGGCCGGCGCGGCUCGCUGGCAUCCCAACGCUAUUGAAAGAUUCGAGGAACUGACACAGGUGGCCAAGUGGAAGCCUUUGAUGUCCCGCACGUGUAGCUACAGACGUAGUGCUGUGGUCGGCGGCCGGGAGAGAGAAGUUCCCGGGAUAAAGUUAUAUGACGUCACGGACGGGAAUUACUUGGACGUGUGUGAGGUGCUGAUAGCUGAGGGCUGGGCGGUGCCGGCGGCCUGCGACACGUUCCGCGGGGCCUUGGGCGGCGGGGGAACACCGGGGGGGCCGUACGGAGACUUGGGACACUCACGCGUCCUGGGUAUGGUGACCGGAAAUCGCGCGUCAUCAAUGCCGGCUGAGGCCAAGGACAAGCCGAGGACACCGGGACCGGAAACGUUCAGAGACAACCCGAUGUCAAAGUCACUGGCUUCCGGUUUGGAAAAUUCAGAUAAAAUCAAAUCCGUAUCUAACUUCGAUCUCUCCUACUCCGAGACUGUUCCGAAGUCGAACGGCACGAGCGACUUCCUCGACUCCGAGAUAACGGCCAACGAGAAACAACUCGAAGUCAUAUCGAAGUCACUCAACGACGAGAAAGCGAAGAUGAAUAGGAUCGACUCGCAUCAUAGUAAUUUAGAAUCUCUCGGAAGGAUUUGAUGGCCGUUCAAUAUUAUGGUAACCCAAAUUAUUCCGCAGAUGAAGUCUCACCCGGCCCUUCCCUAACCUCUUCGGUCAUAUAAGUAAUACCUAUUUUUAUUAGAUCUGUUCCUACAACGCUUUAAAUUGGAUUUUUCUAUCUCAUAUACAUGUUAAUUUAAACCCUAUAUCAGUUCGUAUAGGGUUCAUUUUACACAUAAGAUCUGUUUAUUCUUUGAUAAAUUUAACACUAUUGUGUAAGAGAUAUUUCUCGGUAGUCGUUUUAUAAUCUGUGAUUGUCGUGUAGACAACUCUGCUUCGUAGUAUAAUAAUUAAUAUUGGUGUCUUGUAGUAGUUGGUCAUUGUACUGUAGUAUAUAUAUAUUAGUCACAAAUUUUGUGCCACUUAAGUGUAUGUUGAAAGUUUUUUUUAAUAGUGAAAAACUCUAAACUGUCCGUAUUUAGUCUGUAAAUCAAACAUAUGGUAAUGAUCUGAGACAUGUGUAAGGGAUGUGAUUAUAUGCACAAUCAAACUACCCCGACUUCGCUUGCUGUUGUAACCGACUGCUUUAUGGUGCUCAUAUAUAUAGGUCAUGAGCUAUGACAGUGUUAAAUAGGUUGCUAUGUAUAAGUUACUUCUGAAGGGUUGCUUAUAAAAAAUGUUAAAAGGACGCUAUAAAAAAUUGUUACUUAAUUAUUUUUUUUGGGGAAUAUUUGAUAAGUUUAAAUGUAUGAAAGGUCACACCGGUCUCAUUGUAAUAUUGAGUUCUAUUUGCUUUUUUACAUACAAGCUGUACGCUGUAAGACUUAGGCCAACGACUUAAUAGAUGUUUCAAUGAAAUCUCGUGUAGAGAAAUAAUACAAAGGUUUGUCUUAUAUUAAUUCUCACAACAUCGAGUCGUUUCAUUGCCGGUUUCUGGCUUCGGACCUCUUAGUCUCGGGAUUUUGGUAUGUGACCGCAAUGUCCACAGUAUUCAGCGGCUGUCUCUCGCCGUUACGUACUUAUAUUGUUACAGAGGUAAUGUACCGAAUUAAAUGUUGUGUAUCCGUAAUUAUAGUUAGAUAUUGUAUUUAUUAGUAGUGUUAAGAUGUAGAUGCACUGUACACAUGCUGUAACGACGGACUAAGUAGUUCUUGGACUAAUAUAGCGAUAUCGUAAGAAACGAAUGACAUUCAUCCGGCCGUAGAUAAAAGAAUUCAACGUUCAGUCUCUAGUUCACAGAUAAAAAAAAAUCAUUAAAUAAAAUUAUUUUUUAAAAUUUAUCUGUCAUCAAAAAGUAGAUUUAAAUUUACGCCAAGGAUUUCUGUGUAAGAAAAAUCUGUGAAAAACUGAAUGUUAGUUUGUAGGCUGUAGAAAUUUAUAACGUAAGCUACCGUAAAAUCAUUAUUAUAUGUUUAUAUGCAUAUGUUUUUCUUUUAUAUUCAGUGUGGCAACACGGAAGUCCAUUUUUGGUGUAGGGUUAAAGUUAAAAAUAAAAAAUGUGUUGGAUCGUAGAGCAUGUGAUAUUACGGGUGAGGGAAUUUAAGACUCGGGAGUCGUGAGUUUAGGACGUAAGUGUUAGAGGACCUUUGUUAAUUUGGAACGCAAAAGGUUAGUGAAGUACGCUUAAGAUACCCCUGCUCGAUUAUUUCGUGAAGGGGAUGAACGAAUUUGGCUAGUUUAGUGUCCUCGUUCGGUGCUACAAGCGGCGUUGUUUAGUACUUAAGUUAGGUGUGUCUUAACGUCCCUCCACACGUCGUAGUGCCAUACUGAUAAGUACAAAGUUUAUUUUGUUAUUCUGUUGCUUAUUUUUUUAAGACACUCUGUUACAACGUCACAGGUCGACGAACCUUCAAAUUGUUUUCAAUAAACUUCCUGUAUGUGUAAAAA